GAGACCCAGUCAAGACACACUGCUGGAAAAUAAAUAAAUCAAGUUGGCUAAUGUAUUCGCACAAACCCGGCGAGUGUUUGAUCUUGUUCUGCGGACGGAGCAUACACACGCCCGGGAGCGCUGGAGGAAUGAAAAAUGAGAAUGAAGGAGGAGAAAUUCAUCACGGCUUUUUCAUCCAGCUCCACGGCAGUGCUUAGGCACCGCGAGGGACUCUUAUAUGCAAAUCCCCCCUUGCAAGGAUUACUGUCAUCUCACAGGUACGGCCUUUAUCAAGAGUGCAGACUGUCCAGCCGGAUCUUUAAUGGUGUUCGUAAAUGUCUUCUUGGCAAUUAAACCUGAUUAAAAUACCCAACAGUGACUCAAUUAAAAGGGAGUCGAGCAAACUGACAACAAAUCCAAGAGCCAUGCUGUCAGCUCUUUUUUGCUGAGCACAACCAGCAAACUACCUUCAAUUUUUGGACAAAUGCCUAAAUAGAUAAUAAAUGUUGGCAAUAUUAUUUUGAGAAGGUAUUUAUAAUUGUACACAAAGUACAACGUGGCACUUCAUCAUCCGCAUUAUGUCAUUCUGGAGCAGCGGGAGGACGGGAGGAACCCGACGUAUUGAUUUUAAUUCCAUUACAACCUUAUGAGUGGCUGCUUGGCAUACUACAGGGUCAGCAGAGCUGUUUUAGUGCAAUCGAUCGGCUUUCCUCAUCAAGAGUGUGGACACGACCUGCAGAACCUCAGGACCUGACCGCGACGAGACCACAAUUCAAGUUUUAUUGUUCAAUGAGACUUUUCAGACACUUGUAUUCUAUUUGACAAAGGCCCUUUUAUCAACCGCGCUGUGAAACAACAACGGCUGAGAUUUUCUUUUUUUUCCUUUUAGGAAAAGGCAAACGUCUAUAGAUUGCCUACUUUUGAAGGAAUGACGGAUACAGACCAUAUGCAUCGCUCUCUGCAGAGGAUAAGUAACAUAUUCCUGCGAGUAUUGCUCUCUUAACUGUCUCUCUGUGUUGCUCCACCGUUUGUGGAAGUCAAGUCAGCUCACCUUCAAAUCACAAGGGUUCCACAGGGGGCGUGGCCUUCGCUGUGAGGCCACCUGCUGCGUGCACGCGAGCUGCCAGGCAGCAGACUGACCGAGACGCUCCGUCCCAGAAUCGCCGUGAAAGUCACGUCGUUACACGAGCGAGGGAACCCCCCCCCCCCCCCCCCCCCCCCGAGAAGCCUCCGGGGGAGCAGGGUGGAGGCGUUCGUGCUGCGUGCGCGUUGACUUAUUUGCAUCGCACCCAUGUUGGACGUGCCCCUCUCCCGGGCGCCUCCCAGCCCGAGCGCACAGGCGCCAGCUAAUAUGUUGCCUCCUCUGGUUGCGUGGAAACUAAACGGGCGAGCCUUGAACUGCUGUGGAAGCAUCUGCGGCGGAAAGCAACAGACAGCAAGUUGAAUCGGCUUCGUGGUGUAGGAACACUGAAAGAUGCGGUGGAUCAUGACGACGAGGGAAGGAGCGCCACAAAGGCUCAGCAGUCGCAGGCGCGAUUGACGCGUGGCCUGGCCCCGACGCCGAGAUGUCCAUGUCCAGCCUGGUGCUCAUGACUUUCUGCUUCCACCACGCCGCCGCCGCCUCCGCCGCCGCUUGCUCCAAACACUGCUACUGCUCGGAGAGCGACGGCGGCGGCAAGACGGUGCGCUGCAGCAAUCGGCAGCUGACCGCCAUCCCGCAGGACAUCCCCAACGACACGCGGCGAGUCUACCUGGACUUUAACCUCUUGACCUCUAUCCCGGCCAACGCCUUCGCCGGCCUGUCGCGCCUGGCAGAGCUGGACCUGUCGCACAACGACAUUAGCCAGCUGCAGCCGGGCGCGUUCAGAGGCCUGAGCUCCUCGCUGCAGUUCCUUGACCUUUCCGCAAACAAGUUAGUCCAUUUCACCGCGGACUCCUUCGAGGGCCUUCGGGCUCGGGCGAAUUUAACCGACAAUCCCUGGCAUUGCGACUGCGACCUGCAGAUGGCAAUGCCCCGCGUGGACCUGGAGCCCGUGUCGCUGACCGGCAUCGUGUGCCAGACUUCCGACCCGGAGGAAAUGAGCGUUCAGGGACUGGCCUUCCUCUUGGAGCCCGACAUCGACUUGUGCGUGGUGACGAAGAGGACUACAGACGUGGCCAUGCUGGUGGUCAUGUUUGGCUGGUUCGCCAUGGUCAUCUCUUAUCUGGUCUACUACGUCAGGGCCAACCAGGAGGACGCCCGCAGACAUUUGGAGUACCUCAAGUCAUUGCCGAGCAGGCAAGCAAAGUCUGAGGAGUCUUCUACCAUCAGUACUGUUGUUUAGCCACCAGGCCGGUGUUGCCCAACCCUUCCGGAGCAAAGUCAAAUACUUGACAUCUGGCAACGCUUAUUCCCCCUCGGAGCCAAAAUGUCAUAAAAAAAAAUUCCACCAAAAAGAGUGAUGUCUCUAAAUACUUGAUUUGAGGAUGACUGCUGAAAAAAAAUGUUUCAACCGAGACGAUGUGGCGCUCUAAUGUUAAAAGGUUUUCAGAGCACGGCUAAAACAGUCGGGCGCGUUGAAGUCAGCACGUUUGUUCUCUUUGGCGGCGACCCGGCGCAAUUGUGCAGUUCGCUGGCUGGCUAUGCCGACACCUGACAACAUCUGCUUUAGAGCGCCUCGUUGUUACGGCGCGGAAAAGUCAUCACCAACCACUCUGUUUUCACUCUCUUCCAC